AACAGAGAAGCUACAAAAUGGGUUCCUCCAAAAAGCACAAGAAACACAAGUUGGAACGAAGGGAGAAAUAUGAAGAAUAUAGCCACAGCAAUGAUCCUGCUAAUUUACAAAGAGGCCUAAAGUUAAUUCUGAAAGUUGGCCCCAAUAAUACUCCCGAAUAUGGCGGUGGUAGUGGAUGUGCAGAUAUUAUUACAUCCACCGUAGCCGGUCCGCCGACAGCAGCUGAGGCAAUGUGUAGCAGUCCCUUGGGUAUGGAAGAUUUCGAGGAACAUCGAGAAAAACAUAAGAAGUCGAAGAAAAAGAAGAAGAAGAAAGAUCGUGAGAAGAAACACAAACAUCACAAGGAGAAGAAACGUGAUAAGGGCGAAAGGCAUGCAGUCGACGAAAGUCCCCGGCGGGAUGCUUCAUCUAUGGAACGUACCGAAGAUUUGACAUUAAUUGCCAAUCAAGAUUCACAAUCAUUGCCGGCAACUUCGUUCAGUUUGUCACAGCAACGCAGCCCUAAAUUGGGUGCGGCAGGGCCGCCUUCAAAUCUAAUGCCUUCGUCGUCGGUAAUGGCAGACGGUGAUAGUAGUCAGGAUGGUUUUAGUUUUAUGGAUGAUGAGACAUCACAGCCACUGCCGGAAAAUGUGCUGCUCUAUGCGGGUAUUACAACGGAGAAUUCACCGGCCAGUAGACCGGUUUCGAAACCCAUAGUGCCAAUGAAAUUGGUGGAUGAGGUGUCGCAAGAUUCGGCAGCAUCGUCGACAAUGCAGAGCACAACAUCGGGUAUGGUGGGUGGUAUUAGUCCAACUAAGCCAUUGUCGGAGCUCACAAUACCCUCAUUUUCACCUUUCGCCUCGGACACAACACCAGGUGGCUCGAAUUUGACACCCAAAAUGCUGGAGGGUCCACGCACACCCAGCUCAUCAAGUGAAUCGGGUCGUGAACCACGAAGCUGUGUCCUUAAAAUGAAACAACAAAAAACCUCAUUGAAUAAACUAUUAGAGCACCUACUACGCGGCCUGGAGAAACGUGAUCCACAUCAAUUUUUUGCCUGGCCAGUUACAGAUGAUAUUGCCCCAGGAUAUUCGAAGGUUAUAUCACGACCCAUGGAUUUCUCUACAAUGCGUCAAAAAAUCGAUGAUAAUGAAUACAGUACCCUACAGGAAUUCACAGAGGAUUUCCGCUUAAUGUGUGAUAAUGCCAUACGUUACAAUCGUGUCGACACUGUCUAUCAUAAGGCUGCCAAGCGAUUACUCCAAGUUGGCAUGAAACAUCUUUCGCCGGAUAAUUUAAUGCGAAGUCUUAAACCCACCUCUGGUUAUUUACGGGAUCUAACCGCCAAGGAAUUGGGCUUUGAUUUGAUCCACCAUAGUGGAGAUUUUGCUGGAUUCGAUCAUCAUGGUAUGAUCGAUUCGGCUGAUGAGGGUGCCUCCACAUGUGCCGAAGAGCCAAUGACCCAGGCGCAAAUUGAGGAGGAGGAAAAACGAAAGGCCAUACGAUUGGCUAAUGAACCCAAAACGCGGUUUGAGCCCUACGUUGAUGAUUUAACCUCCGAAGAGAUAUUGGCCCAGGUGCAGGGAGCAGCACAAGCAGCCAAAAAACGCUUAUCAGCCAAGGAGAAGGCCCAUAAAAUGGGUUUCUUAAGGCAAAAUAAAGAUGGCACCACUUCGCUCAACUUUCUCAUCAAAGAUGAAAAUGAGGGUCCCGAAAAGGUGGUGUGUCUUGGCGAUUUGGUUGGUAAACUUAAACAAGGUUCUGGUCAAGUACAAGGUUAUCGUGAAGAUAAGCGCAACGAAGCAAAGCUAGUGAAACCCCUCAACUAUGGACCCUUCUCCUCCUUCGCCCCCACAUUCGAUUCACGUUUCUCCACCCUCAACAAAGAUGAAACCCAAUUGGUUAUGGAAACUUAUGGUGAUGCUCUAAGUACUGAAUAUGCUGAAAGUAUUCUACAAUUUACCAAAGAUUCGUCGUAUGCCACAAUGUUGGCAAAUGGCCUCUUGGAUGCUCUAACCAAUGGCGAACAUUCCAAAUGCAUGCAAGAUCUAUACGAUCUACAAGUACAAAACUAUGAACAACAAGAAGCCCUCAAAUGUUUCACAAAUGCCGGACCCCUAUUGUUGGGUAGUAGCUCAUCGCCCUCGCCACAUGAUUCUCGGGCCCAGAUUGAGCAGGAAUAUGAAAAAUAUAAAAAUACUCGAAUUGAUUUUAAUCGUUUGCGGACACUGCAGGAUCUGGGUAUUGAUACAACAUUCUUAAAUGAUAUUGAAAAGGAAAUGAAAAAUUUCGAAUUGACACGAAGAUUGCAGGAGCAUCUUAGCAAUAAUCUAAAUUUAAUUGAUAAGCUAAAGAAUACCCAACAUGAAAGGUUGUCACAGCCAUUGCCGCAUCAUUUGGGUUUGGUGCAACAGCCAUCACAGGAGGAGACACAAUUGGCGCAUCAAGUUAGCCAGCAUCUAACGGAGGCGGUAAAGAAAUUACCACCCUCGGCGGUGGCAGAUCCAUAUGCCUUGCGUAGGGCAAUGGGCAUGUCAUAUGUUGGUUUACCACCACCUCCCGAGCCACAGCAACGUAUUCCUGUACCCGCCAUUUUGCAGCAACCGGUAUCAUUACCGCCCCUAAAUGCUCUGUCCAUGGACAUUGAUGAAGAUGUGGGUGCCAACACCAGUGGUGAUUUGGAAAAUGAAUUACGUGAAUUUUUAGAAAGUGGUCCGGGUCUACAUGCUGCCUCUUCAUCAUCCAAUGUAGAUGAUAACAAUUUAAUGGCUCAAUUACUUAUGAAUUGAAAUGUUGU